AUGGCUAAGAUUAAGAAGAUCUUCACCAAUUUCCUAAGGCUCCUUGCCUUGGCUGCUACUGUUGUUGCAAUUGUCUUCAUGGUCACCAGCCAUGACUCUGCUCAAGUCUUGAACUUAACAUUCACUGUAAAAUACAGCAACACACCUGUAUUCAAGUACUUUGUGAUUGCAGAGGCAAUUGCAGGUGGAUAUACUGUUAUAUCCGUCCUUCUCUCAUUCAAAAGCCUGUUUUGGCGCUUACUUGUGAUCCUGGAUAUGGUCACAGCAGUGCUGCUGACAUCAAGCAUUUCUGCUGCGUUGGCAAUAGCUCAGGUGGGCAAGAAAGGGAACACUCAUGCUGGGUGGCUACCUGUUUGUGAACAAGUUCCAGAUUUCUGUGACCAAGUGACUAUAGCUCUUAUUGCUGGUUUCGCUGCUGCAAUAAUUUACUUUGUGCUUCUUCUUUGUUCCCUCUAUGUUGUCCUCAGUCCUAUUUUUGUUGUAACGCCUUAGCCAAGCUUCCUUGAGUGAAGACUAAAGAGUUUGUACGUAUCAUGAUUUGUUCUGGGGUCCU